AUGAAGCGAUUAGCUUUUUCUUUGGCCGUUCUCCUGCCACUCGCUGCCGUCUACGUGAUGAACGUCGACGCUUUGGACAGUCCAGACAGUCCAGAAGGCCCCGAACUUAGAGAUGCUAAUGUUACCGUUAGCCGUGCUAAGCGUCAAUAUGGCUGCCCAGCUAACUGUUACUCAUCCUGUGCCUCAACCAGUCAAUGUCAGAUGUAUUCCGUUUCUGCUGUUUGCGUUUCUGGAUGUUGCUGCCCAGGCAACUCUCUCGAAACUGCUUGCUCCGGAGGACCAGCUGUAGCUGCUUGUCUUGGAGGUCUCUGUGGACAAGGAUAUUUCUGCUCAUCCAACAACUACUGUUGUAGAUGCCAAUCCGGAAACUCUACUGGUCCAUGUGUUAACCAACAGUGUCCUACUGGAUUCCUCUGCAACACAAACCAAUACUGCUGCCCUCUCGGAUCCGGCGGAGUUCUCGGACAAUGCGUUAAUGGAGUUUGUCCAACAGGAUACACCUGCGGAGCUGGAAACUUAUGUUAUUUGACCUCUGGAAAGAAGUAA